UCCAUCAUCCAUGUUUUCAAAUACAUUGUUUACGUUUUUGUUUAAUGAUUAUUGAUAGUAUAUUUAUUAAAAAUGGAAAAGGUGCCUGUAAAAUCAAAGAAAAAUAAAGGAGCGACAAGGGAAGAAUUACUGAAUCUAGAUAAAGAAGAUCUUGUGGACAGAAUUUUGCAACUAGAAGCCCAUAAUACGCAACUGAGAAAUGUUAUAAGUAGGAAUAAAGAAGAAAGUACCGAAAAUAUUGAUGCGAGUAAAAGAAAAUUUGAUUUUACCAAAUGCCACUACCGCAAAGUAUUCCUCCGAAUCCUCUACUUUGGCUGGGAUUACCAAGGCUUAGCUGUGCAGGAGGACUCGGCACAAACCAUCGAACAUCAUCUAUUUAACGCCUUGAUAAAAUCGUGCUUGAUAGAGAAGAGAGAAACGUCACAGUAUCAUAGAUGUGGUCGAACUGAUAAGGGUGUUAGCGCUUUUGGGCAGGUCAUAUCUAUAACACUAAGAAGUAAGUUCCCACCGUCAGAACAGAAAAACAUACAUACAGAGAUGCCUUAUUGUAAAAUAUUGAAUCGACUGCUGCCAAAAGAUAUAAGAGCAGUUGCGUGGAUGCCUGUGCCUAACGAUAGACAGGAUUAUAGCGCUAGAUUCGACUGCAAAAAGCGACAAUACAAAUAUUAUUUUCCCAAAUCGUCACUAAACAUAUCAGCCAUGCGCGAAGCAUGCUCGCACCUCAUUGGUUCGCACGACUUCCGCCAUCUUUGCAAAAUGGAUGUCGGUAAUGGUGUCACGGAGUUUAGGCGGGAAAUUUUGACAGCUGAUAUUGUUGCUGUGGAUAAAAAUGAUGUGGAUCAACCAACAUCAAUGUACACAUUACUCAUAGAAGGUAACGCGUUCCUCUGGCAUCAGAUUCGAUGUAUUAUGGCGGUUUUAUUGUUAGUUGGAGAAGGGAAAGAAAAUCCGAGUGUGGUCACUGAGUUGCUUGACGUGGAAACUCACUCGAGGAAACCCCAGUAUCAUAUGGCAUUAGAUUUACCAUUAAAUUUAUUUCAAUGUACAUACGAUAUAAAAUCAGAAUGGAUAUACGAAAUGGAUGAACUGAAAUCGAUAAUAUGUGAUCUGCAGAAUAUGUGGACUUUGCAUUCUGUCAAAACAACCAUGAUCAAAGAUUGCAUAGAAGAAUUAGAAAAUGUAUAUUAUAACAAUAAAAAUAUGAAACAAAAUAUAAGCAAUAUUACAUGUGAAAAAGAGACAGAAAAAUAUAAAGAAUUUAAUGAAAACAGAGAUAGUAAUAAUGAAACGAACAUAAGUGUGAAAGAAACGGAAAAUAAAAAUAAACUACUAAAAGAUAGUUCAAAUGAGUGUGUGAAAGGGAUAGAAGAUACAAACAAUAGUGUGAUAGAAAGAGAUGUGCUAUCUUAUACAGAUUGUCUAGUUCAAGGCGUGAAAGCUAGAGUCUACACGCCAUUGUUGAAAAGAGAGAAAUGCUCGAGCUUAGAAGAGAGGAUAGAACAUUAUAAGAAGAAAAGAAAAAUAAUGGAUUAGAUAUGACUUUUAUUACAAAUAUAUUUUUUAUUU